AUGGACACCUUCCAUUUCUCACCCACACCUAAGCGGGACUCCGGGAAGUAUGGUCCAAGGGCGCGCGCCAACCGGGAACUGUGCUAUACCUCGGUUGCUCGGUUCAACGGGGAUGCCCUAGUCAAGCUGAAGCAAAUAAACAACCGGGCCAAAGAAGGGCUCGAUAACUACACCAUCAUCAACCCAAUCGGCCAGGGCGGGUUUGGUCUCGUGAACCUGGUCCGCAGGAAGCAGAAUGGCCGGGUCUACGCGUUGAAGCAGAUUCCCAAGAAAGGAACCAUGGAAUCAAGACAAGCGAUGGAGCGGAUGUGUACUGAGCGAUGUGCCUUGGCGGACGCCGACAGCGAGUGGAUUGUCAAACUCUACACGGCCUUCCAGGACGGCACAAAUUUCUACUUCCUAUUCGAAUAUCUUCCCGGCGGCGAUCUGGAGGCACUGCUGAGGCGAAAUAUACGCUUCCAUGACCGCACCGCCGCAUUUUACCUGGCCGAGAUUGUCCUAGCACUCGAGACCGUCCACAACCUUGGAUUCAUUCAUCGAGACCUUAAACCGGCAAAUAUUCUUCUAGACCGGCAAGGUCAUGUGAAGCUCACCAAUUUCGGGCUCAGCAAAAGCCGUCACAAGACCGUUUUUUAUGGCCACUAUGGCUACCUAGUACGCGACUCAGCCUGGGACAGCACCGUGGAUAUAUCCAACGAGACCUCAUCAGUCCGGGGCAGCGCCAACUAUGUUAAGGAAGUGGUUGGGACAUCCCAAUACAUGGCUCCAGAGGUGGUCAAGGACCAGGAAUAUUCCUUUAAGAGUGAUUAG